AAUUUCAAUAGUCAACAUGUUCCAGAUUUGGGACCCCUUUCCAGAAGAAGCUAUUUGCUAUCUGUGUGGUUCUACAAAGAUUGUUGGUCUUUUUUUCUUGUUAAUGGAGUAUGAACAUAUUAAGCAAUUACUGCAUUGUCCAAAGAAAUCAGCAAAACUUCUUAUGUCUGCCACAAAAAAAGAUAUCAAGACUGUUGGUUAUUUAAAAAAAAAAAUCACAUUGUAUUCAACAUUUGUUAAGAGACCUAUGUCAAUCUAUGUUCAAUUUGUUUUCUUUUUGCUCAUGGCAUGUCUAUCAGUUCUUUCACUUAUAGGUAAAAUAUUGCAUAUAGACAUUUCCCACUCUUCUGUCUGACGAGGUUGAGAUAACGUGAACAGGUGACGCAGUUACAUGGUAUAUGUAUUUUUUGGGGGUAUUUCGCAACAUAUGCAAAUGUAAAGCAAGGUAUAUAAAAGCCCAAAGUGCUGCUGUGACAACUCAGAGAUCUCAGCUCAAAAAUGGCCUUCCUUUGGAUCCUGUCGUGCCUUGCUUUCAUUGGAGCAGCCUAUGGCUGUGGCAGUCCUGCCAUCCCCCCUGUCAUCACUGGCUACUCCAGGAUUGUGAAUGGGGAGGAGGCAGUGCCACACUCAUGGCCCUGGCAGGUGUCUCUGCAGGACUCCACUGGCUUCCACUUCUGUGGUGGCUCCCUGAUCAAUCAAAUGUGGGCCGUGACUGCUGCUCACUGCAAUGUGAGAACCUCUCAUCGCGUCAUCCUGGGUGAGCAUGAUCGUUCCUCCAACUCUGAGCCCAUUCAGACCAUGGCUGUUGGCAAGGUCUUCAGGCACCCCAACUACAGCAGCUUCACCAUCAACAAUGACAUCACACUGAUCAAACUGGCCACCCCUGCUCAGCUCAACACACGUGUUUCUCCUGUGUGCCUUGGUGAAACAUCUGACAGCUUCCCUGGUGGAAUGAAGUGUGUAACCUCUGGAUGGGGUCUGACCAGAUACAAUGCCCCUGAUACCCCUGCUCUGCUCCAGCAGGCCACUCUGCCUCUGCUGACCAACGAUGAGUGCAGUCGUUUCUGGGGAAGCAAUAUCACAGAUAAGAUGAUUUGUGCUGGUGCCUCCGGUGCCUCUUCCUGCAUGGGGGAUUCCGGUGGUCCUCUGGUCUGUCAGAAGAGUAACGUCUGGACUCUGGUUGGUAUCGUGUCUUGGGGCAGUAGCAUGUGCUCCACCUCCACUCCCGCAGUGUAUGCUCGUGUUACUGAGCUCCGUGCCUGGAUUGACCAGACCAUUGCUGCAAACUAA